AUGGGCACAAAACCGCCGAUAAUAUGUGAUACGGGAACAGGCGUGAUCAAGGCAGGGUUUGCAGGAGAACCGGAACCGUCUUUGGUGUUGCCCAAUUUGUUGGGCCGCCCCAUGCUUCGUGCUGACAGUGGAAUCGGGCCUUACCAGGUGAAUGACAUCAUGGUUGGGGAUGAAGCCAGCGCUGCCAGGUCCUUGCUACAAUUGUCGAGACCAAUUCAAAACGGUGUCGUCAAAGAUUGGGAAGGAAUGGAGGCCGUUUGGGACUACACCUUCCAACAGCUCGGUGUCAACCCCGCCGAACACAAGGUUCUUCAGACUGAAGCUGCUUUGAAUCCACCACGCAAUCGAGAACGCAUGGUCGAGACCAUGUUUGAGCGCUAUGGCUUCAGCGCCGUUAAUGUAUCGGUCCAGGCCAUCUUGGCCUUGAAUUCUCGUGGGCUGGAUUCUGGCUUUGUUGUCGAUUCCGGCGAUGGUGUCACACACCUCGUCCCAAUCUGGGAGGGCUAUCUUGAGCCAGCAUUGGUGCAAAGGGUAAAUCUUGCUGGCAGACACGUGACGGAACAGCUCAUGAAGUUGCUUGUAGGGCAAGGUAACCCCUUGAACUCGACUGCCGACUUUGAAACCGUCAGAGAGGUCAAACAGAAGCUUUGCUACAUCGCCCACGAUCCAGAUGUGGAGAGGAAAUUGGCGCGGGAGACUACGCUGGUGGACAGACAGUAUGUUCUGCCUGAUAGUCGUACUAUGCGAGUGGGUUCUGAGCGGUUUCUGGCGCCGGAAAUCCUAUUUACUCCUGCUUUGGGCGGCUACGGCGAUGGUGAUGGACUGGCAGAUUUGGUGUUCAAUACAAUACGCAAGUCUGACAUCGAUGUUCAGAAGGGCUACUUUCAGCAGAUUGUGCUUUCUGGGGGCACGACGAUGUUUCCCGGAAUGUCAUCACGAUUAGAGAAGGACUUGAGAGCACUGUAUUUGCAGAAUGUCCUUGGUGGUGACACCUCCCGCGCAUCCAAGUUCAAAGUCCAUGUAGAGGAUCCCCCUGACCGCCAACACAUGGUCUUUCUGGGUGCAUCCAUUAUGGCUGAUAUUUAUGAGCAGCAGGCAAAUCCCAGAUACUGGAUCACACGUGAGGAGUACCAGGAGACUGGCCGAGACGGCGUAGUCACUCUCUGUGCAUUGUGGCUCAAAGCCAGUGGCUGGCGGGGAUGUGCCCUGCGGGGCUCUGCGGGGCGGGCCCUCCUUCUUGGCCCAGUCUUGCAUUUGAGGGACAGAUACAGCAUUGCCAGCUUCCUUGACAGGAAAUCUUUAAAAAGAACACAUGAUCUGUUCGCGGGGAACGAGGAGUUGAAGCGCGUGGAGGAUUCCCGGGGCACCGCGGCUUUGCUACGCUUGAAAAUGCACGACGAGUACCAACACAUUCGGGAUGUGCCAGAGCAAGUUACAGACGAGAGUGCGACGGCUUUGCCAUUUCUACGGGCUGGGAUCGAUGAUGCCACUCAGGAGGCACUGCCAUCUGCGAUCACGCAAAUGAUCACUGUCGAUGGUGAGAAGCCCGGGCAAGGUCCCACUGUGGGACCAGUCGUGCCAUUUGCGCCAAAAGCUCCAGCAGACCCAUCGACGCAAAUACAGGUGAGACCUCUACGUGAACGCCCCGAGAUUCCGAAGCCUAUCUGGCAUCCGCCAUGGAAGCUUAUGCGGGUGAUGUCUGGCCAUGAAGGUUGGGUGCGGACAGUUGCAGUGGAUCCGACAAAUGAGUGGUUCGCAUCCUCUGGCAAUGACCGCCUCAUAAAGAUCUGGGACUUGGCCAGCGGCACGCUGAAGUUGUCGUUGACUGGGCAUGUCAGCACAGUCCGUGCUGUGGCAAUUUCUGACAGGCAUCCGUACCUCUUCAGCGCGUCCGAAGACUGCGAAGUCAAGUGCUGGGACCUGGAGCAAAACAUGGUAAUUCGCAACUAUCAUGGGCACCUGAGUGGAGUGUAUUGCCUGGUUUUACACCCCACUCUGAACGUCCUGGCGACAGGCGGACGAGAUGGCUCAGUUCGCAUAUGGGACAUGCGAACGAAGACGGGUAUUUUUGUCUUCACCGGCCAUACCAAUGCCAUUUGCUCGUUGACCUCUCAGGCCGCCGAGCCCCAGUUCAUUAGCGGCUCGAUGGACAGAAUGGUGCGACUUUGGGAUCUGGCAGCCGGCAAGUGCUCGGUCACUUUGACCAACCACAAGAAGAGCAUACGAGCCUUGGCGAUCCACCCGCUAGAGUACACCUUCGUCUCAUGUUCGUCAGACAACAACAAGGUGUGGAAGUGCCCUAAAGGGGCAUUUGAGCGCAACAUCCAGGGCCACAACGCGAUUGUGAAUUGUUGCACGAUACGUGAGGGGCAGCAGGGCUCAUCGCAGCUGAUUGGUGGGACAGACAACGGCUAUCUCCAUUUUUGGGACUGGAGAAGUGGCCACAAGUUUCAGAGCUUGGAGGCUAUACCUCAGCCUGGCAGCAUGAGUGCCGAAAACGCAAUCUUUGAUAUGGCGCUGGACCAGAGUGGCAGUCGCCUGCUGACAGCAGAGUGUGACAAGACGGUCAAAAUCUACAGAGAGGACCCCAACGCGACUCCGGAGACGCAUCCGCUCAACUGGAAGGCAGCAAGUGCAUACAGAAGUCAUGCCUGCUUAUGGUGUUAA